CGAACCAAAUGAAGAGUUUCUUUCAAAUUACGUCCAUUACCCGGCCAAUUUGCUUUUGUGCACAUUUUUCGUUGUCGUUUCGAGUCUGUUUCUGUUCUCAAACCGUGAGGUUCGGCACUGUUGCUGCAUCAAUAUUAUCAAAAUGCUCGCUUCACAUUGUCGUAGUCGUGUAUCUUCCUCUUGAAUUUAUGCUUUUUAUCUGGUCAUAAUUCUGUUAAUGUCGUAAAUAAUUGUGCUGUGGGUGAUGGAGUUGAGUAGUUGAGCUUGUGCAGAUCAGAGGCUCUUCGACUCGAGGGUUCUCAAACAUGGCUUCUUCUCUCAACUCCCUUCUCUCUGUAAACCACUGGGUUGGGCUUAAAAGACUUCAUUCUUCUUCUUCUGAAUCUUACCCCUUGGCCCAAACCUUGCAACCUUAUCCAAUGCUUGAAAGAAGAAGACGACCCAUGUACUGCAUGCGGUGGAGCACCAAAAAUCCCCUGACCCUCGAGCAGCCAACACCAACAUUGACCAACUUCGCCAAGGACCUGUUUUCCUCGCGUUUGCAGAAAGUGGGAUCACCGGCGAGCAUCGUUGCCUUCGCCGGGAGGAGCAAGAAGAAGCCUGGUGGCCCGUCGUCCGGCCGGAUAGAAGGAAACGCGGAGGUGCGAAGAGAAGCCAAGCGGAAUGCCCGGAAGCGCAGCAGGCGAAUCGCAGAUAACUUCUUCUUCAGGAAGAACGACCCCGACAAGAACUACGCUGACGAGUUCACCGAGGAAGAGCUCGAAACUAUUGGCCUCGGCUACGACCGCAAGGUUCGGUUCAUGAAGCAGGACGACCCGGCUCUGCGCCACCCUUACGACUGGUACAAGUAUGGCGAGUACGGGCCCUAUUCGUGGCGAGGAGUAGUCGUUGGAGACCCGAUCAGAGGGAGGUUUUCCGAUGAGCGCGUCAGCAUAAUCUCAUCCGUCAAGGACCACGAAGAGUGGGAACAAAUCGAGCAGUUCGACAUGGUGAACGAUUACGGUAAGCGUUUGAGUCAGUUGGAUGAGAGCAUUGGAUUGAAGCAUUUCUGGGUUUUUGUUAGGCAUCCAAAGUGGAAACUCAGGGAAUUGCCAUGGAAAGAAUGGACCCUCGUAUCGGAAGUGGCCUUAGAAACAGGAGAAAAGAGAUUAGAUAAAUGGAAUUUGAUGGGUAGGCUUGGGAACAAGACUAGGGCUUUGAUCACUCAAUGUGCAGCUUGGAUGAGGCCUGAUAUAGUAUACGUGAAGAGGCCUGUCUACCAAUGUAGGUUUGAGCCACAAGAUAUGUUCUUUCAGGCUCUCGUCCCACUGCUUGAUCCUGCAACAGAGGGCAAUUCCAUGUUUGAGGUGAAACUUGAAGAUGGUAGGAGCGAAAUGUUUACAUAUUUUGGUGGUCUCUGCAAGAUUGUCAGAGUGAAUCCCAAAGCAUACGUCGAUGAUGUUGUGAAGGCAUAUGAGAAACUGGAUGAUGAGAAGAAGUCAGUAUGCUGGGAGUUUUUAUUGGCAAACCAUCCUGUGCCACUCUUGCAUCCUUGGACCAAAGAGUGGAAAGCCAAAUUGGAAGAAAUGGAGUUGGGCUGCGAUGCGAAAGACGAAGACGAAGAAACUGAGGUUACUUAUUUUGAUUGGAUUGAAGAAGAUGACGGGGAGGAAGGCGACGAUGACGAUGAUUCGGCUGUUAUAGAUGAAGAUGAAGGUGAGGAUGAUGAAUAUGAGGAGCUGGGGAUUAAGCAAGAGAGUGUAACAGAAGAAGAGACAGAAAAAUACUGGGAAGAAGAGUUUGAGAAAGCCAUUAAGGAUCCACAGGCCAUGGAAAGCCUGGUUAAGAAAAGUAUGGAAGUGAAGAGUGAAUUUUACAAGAGGCAAAUGGAAUGGAUCAAUGACAACUCCAAGCUUGAGAAGCAGAAUGCAGUGGAGCAGAAGGAAAUUGCUACUGCAAAGACGCUUGAAGCUAAGAAAAGUGUACCAGAAUGGGAGCAUGAGGGCUAUGGGAGGAGGAGAGUCAAGAAGAGCAAAAUCCCCCCUGAACUAUUUCUCAGGGCCGCUGUUCGCCCCUUUACUUACAAAAACUUGUUGAAAGAGAUUGUUUUGAUGAGGCAUGCUAUUAUAGACCAGGAGAUCUCUGUAAAAUAGCAUUUGAACCCGUCCAAUUUUGAUCGUCAUAAUACUAUCAAGUUAUCAGUGGUCGUAAGUGUAAAAUCGUCGGUUCAGAAGUUAGACAAAAGAGGAGAAAAUGUUCAGUGCAUUUACUUGUUUUGGCUUUUUGUCUUCGCUCAGAGACUGCUGGUCAUCAAUAUCAUUCUUGUAUUUACUCUAUAUUUUAUCUUUAGUCCAAUUAUUGGCUGAGAUUUAAUCUGGUCUGAAGUUGCCACAAGUCAGUAAUCUUUUAGCAGUUUGGCAUAGAUUACUAUGUUGCAUGUUAUUAAAAAAGCAGAAACACUUGCACA